AUGAUGUCAUGGAUGAUCUUGCUGAUGAUCUCGGCGGCAUGCCACCCCCCAGCUUUGACGAUCAAGGCAGACAAAGCGUCCUCGCCGACGCCGCUGCUGCCGCCCACGGACUGGAUGACAACGAAAAUCUCCUUGGUGGUCGGAUUGAAAGACGACGCCCGCAAGGGGGGCGUGAUGUUGACCAGGCCCUCGAUGAGGUUGCGGGCCUCGUUGCCCGCGCAGCCGGCCGGCUCGGCAGCAGGGCGGGGAUCGGGCUGGGCGCCGGCGGGCAGACACGUGACGUCCUCUGGGACGCGCGGCUGGCUCGGAACAGGUUCGUAA